AAAACCUACCAAACGGUCCAAACCCAAACCCACGCUGUCCACUUAUCCUCUUACCCACUGGAAAUUUCAUUUGUACGCCUCACACUCUUCCGUCUCGAAGCCUAGUGAGUGAGAGAGAUGGCUUACUCUGCUACUUCAACCACCGUGGCUCUCUUCUCAUCAAACCCUAGGGCUUUCUCUACCAAAUCCAACCCCAUCUCCCAAUCUCUUCCUCUCCCCAAUUCCUUCACCGGUCUCCGUGCCCCUCUACUUUCUCGUGUCGCCCGCUCCGUUUCCCUCUCCCGCGCCUGCCAUUCUCGGAAGAGUUUCGUCGUCAAAGCCAGCAGUGAUCUUCCACUGGUAGGAAAUACUGCUCCCGAUUUUGAGGCAGAGGCUGUCUUUGAUCAGGAGUUCAUUAAGGUCAAGCUCUCUGAAUACAUUGGGAAGAAAUAUGUGAUUCUCUUCUUCUACCCAUUGGACUUUACAUUUGUUUGCCCUACAGAGAUUACUGCUUUCAGUGACCGCUAUGAAGAAUUUGAGAAGCUAAACACAGAAAUAUUAGGUGUUUCUACUGAUAGUGUGUUCUCUCACCUUGCCUGGGUUCAAACAGAGAGAAAGUCAGGUGGUCUUGGUGAUUUGAAAUAUCCACUUAUAUCUGAUAUCACCAAGACAAUUUCCAAAUCCUAUGGAGUGUUGAUUCCUGAUCAGGGAAUUGCAUUGAGAGGGCUUUUCAUUAUAGAUAAGGAGGGAAUUAUCCAGCACUCUACUAUUAACAACCUUGCCAUUGGGCGAAGUGUUGAUGAAACAAUGAGGACACUCCAGGCCUUGCAGUAUGUGCAAGAAAAUCCAGAUGAAGUUUGCCCAGCUGGGUGGAAGCCCGGAGAGAAAUCCAUGAAACCAGACCCUAAGCUGAGCAAGGAAUACUUUGCAGCAAUUUGAGGGUAGCCACUAGGCAAGAAGAAGGCAGAGACUAUCUGUGUUCAUCAGUAAUGGUCUAAAUGAGUUUUGUUUCUAAGUAUCUGUUGUCAAUCACGAGCUUUGGAUGGUAAUGUCGGUAAUGUCUGGGGAAUAAUCAUGUUUUAAGUUGGGCUUGGCGCUUUUUUUAAUGCAUUUACAAAGAAAACCAAUCAUAUUUUUGUCACCCACUUUUACUGAGCAAGACUUUGAUGCAUAAUCAGAGUGGCCCGAUGAGCGAUGGGCAUUGGCCCCGGUGGCUCAUAUGCUUCUGCUUUAGGUGGGACCGUCCGCUGGGUCAAAAUUCUACUCCUGACUUCUGCAUUACCAAAGCCCAAAGGAUCUUAGUAGAAACCAGGUAAUUAUGACGAAUGCUGAAAGUCAUGGAGGCGAAGGGGAGAAAAUUGAUUAUUUCUCUCUUUUCCAUUUUUCUUUCCUGGCCAUUUUCUAAAAGCUUUCCAACUUGUUUUAAAUACUCAGCUUCGUG